AUGGAGACUCACACAAGUGGUAAGAAAGCUGACAGAAUUAUUAACAAUAUGGGGUACAUCAACUCUUUUAGAGUCGAAGCUCAGGGUCACAGUGGAGGCAUCUGGAUUCUUUGGGAUAAUUCGGUUAAGGUGAAAAUAUUAAGUAUCUCUAACCAGUUUGUCCAUGCUCAAAUUAAGGAUAAUAACAGUAACUGCUGGAAUUUCUUCACAGUAAUUUAUGCUAGCCCCAACCCCAAUAUUCGUUGUAAGAUUUGGGAUCUUCUAGACAAGCUCAAGCCUAACAAUAAUGAGCAUUGGAUUCUAGGAGGAGACUUUAAUUGUAUUCUGAGUCCUGAUGAGAGAACAGGUGGUAGCAGUAAGUACAGAGGAGGAAGUAACCAUUUUCAAGAUUUCAUCUUCAACAACAAUCUGAUUGAUGUUAAUUUCCAAGGUGAUGAAUUUACUUGGAGGCGGGGCAACCUAUGGCAAAGACUAGAUAGGUGCAUCAUGAAUUUGAAGUGGUUAGAGCUUUACCCCAAUUCUAGAGUCCAACACAUUGACAGAAUGGGCUCUGAUCAUUGUCCUAUCCUUUUACAUACUAUGGACAACCCCAAAGAUUCUAGACAGAAACCGUUCAGAUUCCUGGCAGCCUGGUUGGAUCACCCAGAUUUUGAACAUUUCAUUAAAAAAGAGUGGGUUAAACAUGAGAACCUUAUGGAUAGCCUCAACCAUAUCAAGGAGAACAUUAAGGUUUGGAAUAGAGAAGUUUUUGUUGAUCUCAAGAUUGAGCUUGACACAAUUUUAAGACAAGAAGAACUUAUUUGGGCUCAAAGGGCGAGAUGCAAUUGGAUUAAACAUGGAGACAAAAAUACCAAGUACUUUCAUUCCUGUGCGAUUACUAAGGGCAGGAAAAAAAUCAUUACAGCUCUCAAAACUGAAGCUGAGACCUGGUGCGAAGAUCAAGAAAUGCUUAAAGACCAUGUUAAAAAGUUCUAUGAAGAACUAUUCACAAAAGAUCCUUUAGUGAAGCAAUCUCUUGAGAAUUCUAGACCCUUUCCUAAUCUGAAUAGGGAGCAAUGGAACUGGUUGGAUAAACCUUUUGAGAACAUUGAAAUUAAGGAUGCUCUUUUCAGUAUGAAUCCUCUAAAAGCUCCAGGUAUUGAUGGGUUUCAUGCUAACUUCUUCCAGAGUAAUUGGGACACAGUUGGAGAAAAGGUUACCUACAAAAUUAUAACCAAAGUUAUCGUUAACCGCUUAAAACCUAUUCUUCCUACUCUAAUUUCUAAUAGCCAAACAAGCUUUAUACCAGGAAGGGUUAUUACAGACAACAUUAUCCUUGCUCAAGAGGUUAUCCACUCUAUGAAGAUAAAGAAAGAUGACCUUAUGCUCUUUGCUGAAGCAGACAAGUCCCAAAUUAAGGUUAUUCAGAAUACGCUCCAAAAAUUCUGUAGCAGUUCGGGUCAGAAAGUUAAUCUGCAGAAAUCCAAUAUAUUUUACUCAAGCAAUUUGAAUGUUCAAACCAGAGACACUAUUACGAACAUGAUUGGAAUCAAAGAGGUCUACAAUCUUGGAAAUUACUUGGGCGUUCCUCUAUUACACAACAGAAUCAAUAAAAACACCUAUAGCAGCAUCAUUCAGAAAGUGAAAGACAGACUCUCAGGUUGGAAGGCUAAGACAUUAUCUUUGGCGGGAAGAAUCACCCUUGCUAAAUCUAGAGGUGUUCAUCUGGUGAACUGGGAUACCCUUUGUAAACCUAUUAAAGAUGGGGGACAAGGCCUAAAGAACUUGAGGAUGCAAAACAAGGCUUUUCUCUUUAAACUGGCUUAUAAACUUAUUAAUAUAAAUGAUCUAUUAUGGGUGCAGGUGAUGAGAAACAAAUAUAAAGUGGAAGGAAUCCUGCCUGAGAAGCUAACUAAGAAGGGAGGUUCAGCUCUCUGGAACCACAUAUGCAACCUUUGGUCAGAGUUUAAGCAGAAUAUCUGCUGGAACAUUGGUAACGGAAAUCAUAUUCAAUUUUGGCACGACAAUUGGCUAGAUCAGAAUGGCCCUUUAUCAAAUUCAUGUAUCCAUCCAGUUGAAGUGGAAAACGACAAAUCCAAAGUAAAUGAUAUGAUCAACCAGAAUAGUACCUGGGAUUGGAACAAGAUUCAUCGGCUACUUCCAGACCAAAUCAUCAACAAAUUGAAAGCUACACCUCCUCCAAUAGAAGUUAGCAUUACAGACUCGCCCGGCUGGAUUCCCUCGGAGAAAAGAGUCUUCACUGUCAAAUCUGCUUAUAAGAAAAUCGCAAAUAUCAAUUCAUCAGAGGAGAAAAUCUGGUCCACCAUUGCCAAGCAUAAUAGCAUACCCAGAAUUAAAACUUUCCUAUGGCUUAUAGGAAACGACAGAUUACUAACCAAUUCAGAAAGAGCCCGUAGACAUUUGACAACAGAUGAAAGAUGCCCUAUGUGCAACUAUGAAUCAGAAGAUAUCAACCAUUUGAUGAGAUUCUGCCCAAAAAUUUUGCAGAUAUGGAUUGAACUUCUGGGUACCCAGAAAAUGGAAAAGUUCCUGAGUAUCAACAUAAAGGAAUGGCUCAUUGAAAACAUUGAAACAAACCAAUCCCCAUCACCGAGGAUCGAGAACUGGACUACUUUUUUCAGCGUUGUUAUCUGGUACAUAUGGAAAAGAAGAAAUCAGAGCAGAAAUAGCGAUCAAUACAAAUGGCAAAAACCAGACAGAAACUACUGCAAGAUUAAUACAGAUGGAGCCAAACGACAGAAUACGGGAGAAGCUGUGUACGGGGGAAUUGCAAGAGACCAUAACGAAACUGGAAUUGGGGUUUUGGGUGAAAGGAAAGUGAUUUUGGAAUCUGACAGCAAAGAAGCCAUAAACCUCAUCAGAAACAAGUCGACUGAACACAGAAAAUUAACUAUUCUGCAGCACAUAGAGAUUUUGCUCAAGAGAAAUUGGAUGGUUGAACUGAAGCACAUACCUAGAGAGGCAAAUCGAGUAGCGGAUGUUAUCACCAGGCAAUUAUGGAGUUACCAAGGGGAUUCAGUUUUGCUGCAGAACCCUCCCAAGGAAGCCGAGAAGUUUCUGAUUUCUGAUAGAACGGGCAUCUAA